AUGUUCCUACAAAAGAAACAUGAGUCAUCCACGAACGAGCACCGUGCACUCUUUCAGGAGAGGAAGCUCUACAGCGCUGAGGCGACCAGGGAGAAAACACAGAGUCCGGCAGACCGCAACACAGACCGCAGGCAAAGUGAAGACUCGCUGGGUACAGCCGUCACACAAACACUGGAGAGCCGCUCGUCUCAAAGAGGUUCAAGAGAAAACCCAGAUGAACUGAGGAUUGUUCUGCUGGGAAAAACUGGAGUUGGGAAAAGUGCAGCUGGAAACACAAUCUUAGGUAGAAACGCAUUUACAGCAGAAACAUCUCAAGAGUCCGUGACUAAAGAGAGUCAGAGAGAAACAUCUGACAUCAACGGCCGACACGUUACUGUGAUCGACACUCCAGGACUGUUUGAUACUCAACUCACUAAUGAAGAGAUCCAGAAAGAAAUCAGACACUGCAUCUCCAUGAUCCUGCCGGGACCGCAUGUGUUCAUCAUUGUGCUCAAUUUAGGACAACGGUUCACUCGAGAAGAAGCAACAUCAGUGAAGAUCAUCCAAGAGACGUUUGGAGAGAAAUCUUUAAUGUUCACCAUGGUGCUCUUCACCAGAGGAGACUAUCUGAAGGACAAAACCAUUGAUCAGUGUUUGGGAAAACCUGGAUCUCCUCUGAUGAACCUGAUCGAAGCGUGUGGAAACAGAUAUCAUGUGUUCAACAAUAAUCAGACUGGAGACCGAACACAGGUGUCUGAUCUACUGGAGAAGAUAGACCACAUGGUGAACGCAAACGGAGGGAGUUUCUACUCCUGUAAGAUGUUCAGAGAGAUGGAGAGAGAACAACAAGAACAACAGAUGAAGAUCCUGAUGGACAGAGUCAGAGAAACAGAAGAACUGGUGAACAAACUAGAAGAAGAGAAAGAGAGAAUGAAGAUGAUGAUGGAGGAAGAACGACAGAAUCAUGAAGAAGAGAGAAAGAGAAGAGAAGAGGAACUCAAAAGAGAAAUAAGAGAACAAGAGAAACGAGAGAUACGAGACGAGAUGAGACGAGAACGAGAGAAAUUUAAACAUGAAAUAGAGGGAACGAGACAAGAAAAGGAGAAAAUAAAAACAGAAAAAGACCAAUUACAGAUAGAAAUAGACAAACUGAUGAACAAAAUAGAAAAUGACAGACAGGAUCAUGAAACUGAGAGAAAGAGAAGAGAAGAAGAGUUUAAUGAGAGAGAAGAACAAUAUAAAAGAGAAAUGAAAGAGAAAGAAGAGAACUGA